AAAAUGUUUAAGGUGGAGAAGGUGAAUUGCAUCUGCGUGGACUGGAUGCGUGGGUCCAGGACAGGUUACAACCAAGCCGUCCACAACAUCCGAGUCGUGGGAGCCGAGACAGCGUUCUUAAUACAAGGGCUGUCGACCAAGAUGGGCUACAGCUUGGAGAACGUGCACAUCAUUGGCCACAGCCUGGGCGCGCAUGCGGCUGGCGAGGCAGGCCGAAGGCUGGGGGGCUGUGUGGGCAGGAUCACAGGACUGGAUCCGGCAGAACCAGGCUUCCAGGGCAUGCCCGAGGAGGUGAGGCUGGACCCGUCGGACGCCAUGUUUGUGGAUGUGAUUCACACAGACAUCUCACCCACAGUCCCUUACCUAGGUUUUGGAAUGAGCCAGAAGGUGGGCCAUCUGGAUUUCUAUCCAAACGGAGGAAAGCAAAUGCCAGGAUGUCACAAAAAUAUCCUUUCACCCUUCUUUGAUAUAAAUGGACUCUGGGAAGACUAUGCUGACCAAUAUCAGGGGAACACCAGCGCCGUGGGACAAACGUUUUUCCUGAACACAGGAGCCAGUGGUAACUUUGCUCGUUGGAGAUACAGGGUAACAGUCACACUGGCUGGAAAAAAGACAAGGAGUGGGUCCUUCAGGAUUGCUUUAUAUGGAAGCAAUAGAAACUCAGGGCAAUAUGAAAUUUUCAGUGGAUCCCUCAAACCACAUACAAAAUAUGUGCGUGACAUUGAUGUGGACUUCAACGUUGGAAAAAUCCAGAAGGUUACAUUCCUCUGGAGAAAACAUGGGAUAAAUCUGAUCUGGUACAAACUGGGGGCUUUGAGAGUCACAGUGCAAAGUGGAGAAUAUGGGACUGAGUAUAAUUUUUGCAGUCGCAAGACGUGUGAAACAUAA